AUGGUUCACGGGAAACCCCGCCACUCGCAAAGUCAGGGCUCAGUAGAAAGGAGUAAUCAAGACGUGAGAGAUAUGCUUGUUACAUGGAUGGCUGACAACAACACUAAAAAUUGGUCAGAAGGAUUGCGCUUCGUUCAGAGCAAGAAAAAUCGUGUUCUCCAUAUAGGCAUUAAAACUAGUCCCUAUGAAGCAAUGUUUGGCUGUCCACAGAAAAUUGGAUUGAGUGAUUCACCAUUAUUGGAAGAGGUUUACUCUUCCAUUAAGACUGAAGAGGAACUGGAGCAACUUUUGAAUACCAAAAACACUGAAGGUGUGGGUGACGAAAAUGCAAUAGCUGAGAAUGCUUAUAUUGACGAGGAAGUUUCGUUACUUACUAAUAAGUGUCAUAUUUGUGGACUUGAAAUCGACGAUACUUCUAUCUCCGAUAAAAUGACUGACGAAGGCAAACUUAUCUGCAAUGUGUGCUGUAGAAAGAAAAAAAUCAUCAAUACACGGGGAGCAGCAGCAAAAGGACUACAACAACAAGCAGAAAAAAUGCUUGCAAAAUCUAACGAAACAUUAGCACCGGUUCCUGUUCCCAGGGGAAGAGUUGCAGCUCGCAGCGUACUAGCAGUGGUUGAAGAUAUUACUUCUGAUGGUCUUCAUCGUUUGGGUACCAAAAAUGGUACAUUGGAACGACGCUAUGUGCGAAACGAAUUCACUCCUGCUGAUUCCAACUUUAUCACGGUGGAGGAUGUUCCAGCAACGACAUUGUCAUUGAGAAAAGCUUCGGCACUUAAUUCUGGGUCGACACAAGGCAAUAAAUCCGCCGAAGUAAAAAAAUCUGCAAACAUUCCGCAGAUUUUAACCAGACUCCUGUCUGCAGACAGUAUCCUGAAAGUCUGCGGACAUUCUGUCGUAAUUCUGGUCGUUUAA